AUGAUUCAAGUGUGCAACUGUAAAAGAACGAUUCUUUUUUUUUCUUUUUCGGCAGCUGUGGCAAGCCCUGUUUUGUGGCAGAAGGACUGCGUGAAGGGUCCAGAGGUAUGGUGUCAGAAUGUUCGGACAGCAUCGCAGUGCGGAGCAGUGAAACACUGCCAGCAGAAUGUCUGGAACAAGCCUACUGUAAACAGUAUCCCUUGUGACUUGUGUAAGGAACUUGUGACAGUGGUGGGCAAGGUUUUGAAGGAUAAUGGCACCGAGGAUGAGAUCCGCUCUUACUUGGAAAAGACGUGCGAGUUUAUUCCUGAUCAAAGCCUGGUCUCUGAGUGCAAAGAAAUUGUGGAUUCCUACCUACCAGUUAUCAUGGAUAUGAUCAAAGAAGAGCUAGAUAAACCUGAAGUUGUAUGUAGUGCCCUCUCACUGUGCCAGUCCCUUCAGAAGCACCUUGCAGCAAUUAAACUUCAGAAACAACUCCAGUCCAAUAAGAUACCAGAGCUGGAUUUCUCUGAACUGGCCUCCCCGUUCAUGGCUAACGUGCCUCUUCUCCUUUACCCUCAGGACAAAGCAAAGCAGAAGCCUAAGGGAAGUGGGGGUGUAUGCCAAGAUUGCAUUCAGCUGGUUACUGAUGUUCAGGAAGCUGUGAGGACAAACUCAUCUUUUGUAAAGUCUUUAGUUGCUCAUGCCAAGGAGGAAUGUGACCGUUUGGGACCUGGAAUAUCUGAUAUGUGCAAGAACUACAUCUCUGAAUAUUCUGACUUGGCUAUCCAAAUGAUGAUGCACAUGAAGGAUCAGCAACCAAAGGACAUUUGUGCCAUGGUUGGGUUCUGUCCUUCUGUGAAAUCUGUUCCCCUUCAGACUCUGGUGCCAGCUCAAGUGGUUCAUGAAGUGAAAAUGGAAACUGUGGAGAAAGCCUCAGUUCAAGAGAAAACUUUUUCCUUGUGUGAAAUAUGUGAGACCAUGGUGAAAGAAGUGACUGGCCUCUUGGAGAGCAACAAGACAGAGGAGGAGAUUGUACAUGAAAUGGAGGUCAUCUGCUACCUGUUCCCAACAAGCGUCAAAGACCAAUGUAAAGACUUCAUAGAUGUCUACGGCCAGGCUUUGAUUGACAUGCUCUUGGAGGCAACGAAUCCUGAAGCUGUGUGUGUUAUGCUGAAAUGCUGUGCAGCCAACAAGCCUCCACAGCAGCCAGUUUUAGUGAAACCUGCAGGUGGCUUCUGCGAUAUCUGCAAGAUGGUGGUAGCUUAUGCAGACAAAGAACUAGAGAAGAAUGCCACAACAGCUGAAAUUGAGGCUUUACUGGAAAAAGUUUGUCACUUCUUGCCAGAGUCUGUCAGUGAUCAGUGUGUUCAGUUUGUGGAACAGUAUGAACCCGUGGUUGUGCAACUCUUGGCGGAGAUGAUGGAUCCCACUUUUGUUUGCACUAAACUUGGAGUCUGUGAAUCAGCUAAACAGCCUCUCCUGGGGGACGAUGCUUGUGUCUGGGGUCCAGGUUACUGGUGUAAGAACAUGGAGACUGCUGCUCAGUGCAAUGCUGUUGAUCACUGCAAACGUCAUGUGUGGAACUAGAAGAAGAAUUUCCAGUUCUGAAAGUUUGCCGUGGCUCUUAAAAAUGUGGGCCGAGGUUGGCAGAGAGCUGUAUCUCAAAUGUCCCUCCUCUCUGCCUCAUUAACAAUUUGACCUUCAGGUUCCUUUAUUGUAACUCUUCUGUAGCAGUGCUGCCCUCGAAGGAUCAGAUCUUCAUUGUUGACUUAAAGAUAUUUCUGAUUGUACAGUUUAACUCAUUAUGCUCCUAAAAAUAGUCAGUGUGUUGUAGAUUUUUUUUUUAAUUGGUAGGCUGAAGUGUUUUUAAGGUGCUGGGAAGAAUGGCAGAGAAGGUGGAAUGAGACAAGGCUGUUAUCUUUUAAUUUAAAAAAAGAACAAGGUAGCGAC